AUGGCAAAUAGCAACAGUAGCAAAGAAAGUCACAUCAGACUUGCAGCUGAAGGAGCAAAGCGUUUCCUAGUGUCAUAUGACGCUCAACCUAUGCAAUUCGACGUGAAGGGAAGCUGCAGUUUUGUCUUAAUAGUUUCGGGUAGUGUCAAGUAUGGGGAGCUGAAGGAGCAGCGAGGAUUCAGCGAGACUUUUGUAUUGAAGCCAGUGGAUGUUCAGCCAACGAGAUAUCUUAUCUCUACGCAAGGGUUUAGACUGGUGGUAUAG